GGGACAUCGAACGCCUGCUCGUGUAUUAUUUCUAUACUACUCUGUCAGAUAUCGCUUCAUGUCGCUGCGGGCGGUGAAAAAGCAAAAUGCGAGCACCAAGAUUGAAAUGUCCUCCGACCUAGCCUAUGAUGCCGCCCUUCACUUCUGGCGAACGGUGGUGAACAUCUUCUUCAGGGAGAUAAGGCCGAGAGGUGCAUACAAUAUUCCACGAGAUGGCCCGGUCAUAUUCGUUGCUGCCCCCCAUCACAACCAGUUCCUCGAUCCACUUCUCCUUACCCUCCAAGUAUACCGAGAAACGAAACGGCGUGUGCACUUCCUCAUUGCCGCGAAGAGUAUGCAAAGAAAGGUCAUUGGGUUCUUUGCGCGCUUGAUGUCCAGCAUACCUGUCGUUCGUGCUGCAGACGAAGCAAUGCCUGGAACUGGCUAUAUCCGGCUCUCACCUGACGACCCCUGCCUGGUCCUGGGCGAAGGUACCUGUUUCCUCUCAGAAUUUACCCCUAAAAUGCAAGUUCUACUUCCCAAAUCGGUCGGCUCCUCAGUAGCGGAGGUUGUCGAGGUCAUCUCGGAUACCGAGCUGAGGAUUAAGCGCGAGUUCGGAGGAGAGAGCGGUAAGGGCACAAUACGGGUGCGGGAUAAAGUAGAAGAGCUCCGGCAGGAGGGGGAACCGGGGCUUGACUUCAAGCGUCUUCCUUUCGUUGACCAGCAUGAGAUGUACCGACAUGUUUACCAAUGUUUGAAAGAAGGGCGGUGCAUAGGCAUCUUCCCGGAAGGUGGCAGUCAUGACCGGACAGAUCUUCUGCCAUUAAAGGCUGGAGUCUCCCUCAUGGCACUUGGUGCCAUGGCCAAUGAUCCAAACUGUAAAGUCAAGAUCGUCCCGGUCGGGCUGUCGUACUUCCACCCUCACCGGUUCAGAUCUCGCGCAGUGGUAGAGUUUGGCUCAGCACUGGACGUCCCCCCGGAACUCGUUGAGAUGUUCAAAGAGGGAGGGGAGCGCAAGAAGGAAGCGGUAGGGAAACUGCUGGAUGUGGUUUACGACGGCUUGAAGACUGUCACGGUCCGAGCUCCUGACUACGACACGUUGAUGCUUGUCCAAGCCGCUCGACGUCUGUACAACACUCCCGGGCAGCACCUCACUCUCGGACAAGUCGUCGAGCUGAACAGGCGUUUCGUGGAAGGCUACCUGCACUUCAAAGACGAACCCCGCAUCCAGAAGUUACGAGAAGACGUGCUCAAGUACAACCGACUGUUGCGCGAUCUUGGACUACGUGAUCACCAAGUACCUCGUGCCCAGAAAGCGACGUGGAAAACCCUAGGUCUACUGUUCUACCGUAUUGGACUCUUGGCAGUUUGGUCCACCUUCGCUCUGCCAGGUGUUAUUCUCAACGGACCAAUAUUCCUCACAGCAUCGAUCCUAUCGCGAAAGAAAGCCAAGGAGGCGCUCGCGGCGUCGACGGUGAAAGUGGCCGGACGCGACGUCCUGGCUACUUGGAAAGUCCUCAUCUCCUUGGGGGUUGCUCCUGUAUUGUACGGUUUCUACGCGUUCCUCUCAUUCCUUGUAGUAAGCAAGGCCAACGCACCGCUGCCUUGGCGCAUUUGGACGCCAUUCAUCGUCCUCAUUUCCCUGCCGUUCAUCGGUUAUGCUGCGUUGAAAUUCGGUGAAGCUGGAAUCGACGUGCUCAAAUCGCUUCGUCCCUUAAUCAUAGCGCUGGUCCCCGGCCAGCAGCGCAUGCUGGAUAAGGUCAAGAACAUGAGAGCGCAUUUGUCCAACGAACUCGCGGAUACUAUCAAUGAAUUCGGACCGAAAUUGUUUGAUGAUUUCAAUCAGCAUCGCAUCUUGGUGCCAUCUGCAAGUGUCCCACCGUCCACCGGCACGCCCGGAAUCUGGAGACGCAAGAGUGGGACAGUAGACGCGCAAGGCAACCUGCUCGUCCACCCCAUGACUUGGCUCGAUGAAAGACUCUUCGGCUGGAGCAGGAGUGCCAAACGAGGCACCAGUGUAUGGGCUGGCGGCGAAAAGAGCCACGAUGUUAGCCGUGUCGGCACCCCUGAUGGCUCAGACGACGAAGACGAAGGUGAUUACGACAACGUCCUCGGAUAUCUCCCGAUAUACGAGUCGCAAGGCGGACGGGGUCGCAGCAGAAGCCAUCACAGCUCGUACGCCGAUUUGCAGAAGCUACGGACGACCCCUGCCGGCAACGGAAGCAAUAAUGAUACCUCCCACGUCUCACCCACUUCCAGAUUGCGCUCCGAGUCCCCGAGCGACAAGGACGGGUUGCGUUUCAGAAGCAAUGUUCACCGUGAUCGGAAAGGUAGCCUCUCCGACGGGGUGCCGGUCGAACGUCUGGGAGCCCUGGGUCGUGACGAACAGUUCAAAGACGCUACACAGGAGAUCAACGAAGAAAUCUCUCGCCGUCGCUCUUUGUCGCGGGAGAAAUGAGUAUCCGCACGGAUCAUUAGGGACAGGGGAUCUACUUCGUACAGUCAGACCCGCGAUGGGUUGCCGUCAUUGAUGUAGUGCUCGGACGCACGCCAGUAUACUCCCAUGUUAGUGAGUAAUGCAAUAAUGACCGUUUCUGGGGAUCAUAGUCAAAGAAGUGCAUGCCAGUCAAGAUCAGUCCCCUCGCUGUCAGUAAGGCUACAGUGCGAAGAAGGGAGCCCUGCAGGGACUCAAACAAGAUCCUCUCGUGGUUUCCCAGCCGUCAGCACUUCCACGCCCGUCUCCGUUAUCAACAAGGUUUCCUCAAACUGAGCGCUUCUUUUCCCGUCAACUGUGGUAGCAGUCCAGUUAUCCGGCCAAUGAUAGACGUCCCAGUUUGUACCGAGGUUGAGCAUCGGCUCAAUCGUGAAACACAUUCCUGGCUUCAUCGUCCCAGCGGCCUUGUUCUUUGCAUAGUGUGGAAUGUUGGGAGUUGCGUGGAACAGCUCAUUGACACCGUGCCCGGUAUAUUGCCGUACUACUGCGCAUUGAUUUGCCCGAGCGACAGGCUCUAUUGCCUUUCCGAUAUCUCGGAACAAUGCACCCGGAUUACAGAGUUUAAUAGCUUCGUCGAGCGACCGGCGAGUUGUCCGCAUGAGCUUCACGGAAUCUGCAUCCACUUUUCCGACAGGAUACGUUUCAUUGAGGUCGGCGUGAAAGCCAUCGUAAUAUACGGAAACAUCAAUGUUUAUUAUGUCUCCCUCUACAAGCUCCCGCUGGUCGGGGAUUCCAUGACAGAUCACUUCAUUGACGGACGUGCACACGGAUUUUGGAUAUUCACGAUAGCCAAGGGGAGAUGGGUAGGCGUUGCGCUCUAUAGUCGCGUUGUGCACAAUUUCAUCGAUGAAAUCGGUGGUCACACCAGGGCGGACAUGCGAGGCAGCAAUAUCGAGGAUUUCCCGUCCCAUCCGACAAACUAUCCGCAUCUUUUCCUGCUCCUCUGUGCUAAGGAUGCGAGGGGGUGAACUGGCCUUCCUGAUUUCCAUGGUUGGCACACCCGUUUCCGCAUAUUCAGGCCUUGGUAUAUGCGCAGGCACUUGACGUUUCGGAGACAGAGGAUACACCGGUCUCAGUUCGCCGGUGAAACGGAAAGACGGGAAAGGGUUGUAGGUGCCGUUUCUGCCCACUCCUUCUGAACUCUUCUGCGUAACAAGGUCAUGGAUUAUCUUGUGCGUUUUCCAGUUGGCUUUGAAGCAUUCCUGGUUACAGAACAUGGAACCCUUAAUGCCCAACUUAGUGCAGGUAGGACAAGCGAGAGUUGAGGGGGGUUUGCCAUUGAGGCAGUUCGUGCUUUGACAGAGGACAGUACCAGUACCAG